AUGGCGCCCCCCGCCGCGGUGCAGGAAGAGAAGAUCAUACCCCGCUCGGCGGCCGAGAGCUUGCAUAAAUCGGACAAUGGGAACAAAGCACGAGCGCAGCAUGCUAAGUAUGCGGCGCAAAUCAUGCUACGUCAGCACCGGCUGCACGUCAUAAGCUUCUACAUCUCGGGCGAGUGGAUUCGCGCGUUUCGCUGGGACCAGGCUGGCUGUGUUAUGACCGACGCCGUCAACCUCGUCGACAACCCCGACGACUUCUACGACCUGCUCUACUGCCUCGGAAACCUCCCAGACAGAUUGUCGGGCUACGACGAGACGGUUACCAGAGCGUCUGAGAACGACAUUCGGCUGCUCAGAGAUUAUACCUCUGAGAACGACGACCUCCAGAGGGCUCGUAGCGAUAUGCUA